ACCGAAUUGCAACUCCAUCCCUCGCCCACGUGAUGUCAGUCUUGAGAGAACACGCGUCAUGCCGGAACUGAUGAUGCACCAUAUGCUUGUCACGCGUCAGUGUCCACCUAUACCGAGAAGAGAGCGUUUCCGGAUGAGCCGUGUCUGAGAAUGGUAUCUCGCAUACCAGGCUGUUGCUGCGCAAUCAGGUUGCCAAAGCCAAGACUGACCGGCCGAAGCUUCUCAACCAUCACCUCCGUCGAAGUCACAAAAACAGCAUUCAACGCCGUCGACAUCUCCGAAUUCCGAGAGACGGCUUUCGGUCCGGGGAUACCUCGUCUUUUCAAACAACCAACGACAUCCUCAAUCAAGAGUCCCUUCCCAGCAUCAUUAAAAUGGUUCAAGCACGAUGAAGCCUUUCACCCCCAGGCCCUCACGCAGGGGCCCACCGUCACGUUCGCUAGUUACAUGGACCAGUUUGCGCAUCACAUGCUACCCUAUGAGCUAAUGAGCCCCCAACUCUCUGAAGACACGAAUCUCAUUGUCAGUACAACAAAUCAGUUCCUUCACUGGCUUGCUUCGGGCUCGGACCCCAUAGGCGCGGUCCUGGCCGGCAUCGUUCAUGCCGCUAGUUAUCCCGACGCCUCAGAGCCGCGCUUCUCCUCUUUCACCGCGCCCUUUCUGCUCCUUCUUAAGGCCGCUGAGUUCAACAGACUGCACGAGAAGAAAAUCAAGCAGCUCUAUGUAGCUCAGGCCCAAAUACCUGACCUCCCGCCGGGACUUCAGGAUGACCUCCCUGUCCCGCGCAUUGUAAGGGACGCCGGCAAAGGCGAUGUCUAUAGUUCGAGCGUGUGGCUCGGGCUGGAACCGACGUACACACCGCUGCACCGAGACCCCAACCCAAAUCUGUUCUGUCAGCUUGUCGGCGAAAAGACCAUUCGUCUACUUCCCCCGUCGUCUGGGGAUCGCUUGUAUUGCAGGGUGCAGACGCAGAUUCAACAGUCUGGAAAUAGCCGCAUCAGAACGACGGAGAUGAUGGAAGGCCGUGGGAGAGUCGUGAUGAACGCGGCCGUUUGGGGUAUGGAGGGCUCCGAGGACAUUGUGGAAGCCAGAUUAGGCCCCGGAGAUGCUUUGUUUGUCCCCACGGGCUGGUGGCAUAGUGUCAAGAGUGGGCAUCAUGACGGGCGACUUAACGCGUCGGUGAACUGGUGGUUCAGAUAGGAAUAAUGAACGAGGGGACGAUGGGGCAUGUAAGGCAAGCUGCCGUGUACUACAGUGGACGAGUUUCGAUUGUUCAAGUACCACCCAUGGCGAGCCAGCAGAAUACAAUACUUUUGGUUCUUUGCCGACGUAUUCGUUCGCUUUUUGCUGAACUUGAAUUCACCUCGGAACGAAAACUGCGGUAGUGGGGUGAGCUGUAAACCCUAUUGUAACCUAGAAUUUUCCCCAGAUUCCAAAAGCAAGACCCACUACUAGCACAAUAGCUCAGGGGUAGAGCGCUGGGCUCAUAACCCAGAGGUCCCUGGAUCGAAACCAGGUUGUGCUACAUGACGAGUUCUUCUAGUG